AUGUUCACUCUAGAUCAGUUAAACGGCGCAAUCCUGGCAGACAUCUUCUCAAUGAUUCACGACUCUUCGAGGCACACGCUAUUCUCUUUACUUCGAGUCAACGGGGAAGUUUAUCACCACACGCUACCGCUUAUCUAUCAACAAUGUACAUUCGAUUUCACGCAAGCGGUACCUUCAGGAGAGACUAAUCCAUUCCUGAUAACGCAGAAGAAACUUAAUAAGAUACUUGAAGCGGAUUCCAGCUCGAUAGUUCUCCGAUCGGUCCGGAAGAUCGUCUUACGCUCGAAUAAUGCGAUUUGGGCUGGUAAUUCUGAUGAUGGAUACCCGUACGUACCCUCCGAAAACGAAGUUUACGAUAAAUGGUCAUCCCUUGUCAAAUUUGUCUCUCGGGCUUCUCACCUGAAGGAACUAGUAUUCGACUGUCGCGAGCGGGUACCCCUGAUCCUCCUCGAAACUUUACAAAAUUUCCACCCGGCCUGUAGGUUGCACGUCCGGAAUUGGACUCGACUUAGUUCCGACACGAAGGUUGGAGAUCCAUACGAAGAGGCUUUGGCCCGUUCUCCUUGUCUUCGGAGCAUCCAUAUUCUUAGCCUUACCGGAGGCAGUGAACUGAACCUGGAUGAAGCCGCAUUUCAACGGAUCCUUGCUUUAUCUCCACACUUGGAAUCCUUCACCUACCUCACUCAAGACGUGGGCCGGAGUUGCGUACGGUAUGAUUUUGGCCAAACACAUCGGCAGGAAGCCCCCAAGUUUUCGGAGGCAACUGUGCGGAAGGAUAUGAAAACGAUAAGAUGGGGGAAAUCCGAGCCUGUGUAUGGUUCAGGUUCGAGAGGUUUUUUGGACCGUUCAAUGAUCGAGCAUUGGGGAGCUUUCAUGAAUUUUCAAACUGUCCAAAUGUUGGAUCUAGGUUGGGUCCAGGAUCCGGAAGUGUUGGAGUACAUCAUGACCCGGCGGACGUUUGAAGGCGUUAGAGAUCUGUCAUUCAAGCUCGUCUCUAUCACAGGGUUAGAUUCAGUAAGUGUUGAGCAAAGAUUACGAGAUGCAGUGAACCGUUUCCUUUCUUCGUUUACGCGUCUGGAAUCCCUAUCCAUCGACAAUUACCACAGGCGGAUCGACCUCGGUUCUCUACUCGCCUCUCAUGGCGAAUCCUUACGUUCCCUUUCUCUUCGCUAUAUAGAGGAGUACCGAGCACGGCCAGUUUUAACCCUCGAAGACCUCCAUCUCAUACGCACAUCGGCAUCCCACUUAGAAACCCUCGGAAUCGAUAUCAACUUCACGCCUAAGGGAAAGUACGAAUCAGAGGCGUACGAGGUCCUUGGCUCCUUCCAUAAUCUACGGACCCUCAACGUCUAUUACAAUAUUAAGGCCGUCGACGAAACGUUUGGCGAAGAGGUUUAUUGGAAGGUCGCAAAGACACCGGCAUCCAAAUUGGAAGAGGUGAAUUUAUAUGUUCAAGAGCUGCCAGAGUCUCCAUUGGGAGGACGGAUCGUGUGGAUGAUGGACGCGAUUGGGCACGGGCCGAGCCAAGCUCAGCACCGGACAUUUCACAUGAGGAGGUGUGAAAGGGAUGACAUGAGGCAUUGCUUACAAUCGGACGGAGUGUAA